GGCUGGGGUGCUUUCCGUGCUCCUUCACUCGCCGACCGCGUCCCUUCUGAGUUACAUCUACACUUUUCGACCACCAAUUCCUGCGCACACGACCAGGACCCGUUCAUCUCAUACACUCUCCUUAACUUUCUUCGAGAUGGCACCUCUACCUUCCAGUGAGGCCAAGGUGACCGAAGCCAAAAAGGUGGCCAAAACCGAUCCCGCAAAAGCAGAGAGCAUCUACAAAGAAGUGUUGGCCAAGUCACCCGGAUCCAAUCAAGCUGCUCUACAAGACUAUGAAAGUGCUCUACUGGGCUUAGGUGAACUUUACCGAGACAACAAGCGCGCAGAUGAUUUGGCGGAGCUGGUGAAGACGAGCAGGUCGACGUUGUCCUCGUUUGCAAAAGCGAAGACGGCGAAACUUGUUCGGCAAUUGCUUGACUACGUCUCAGAGAUCCCAAACACCCUCGAGCUUCAGAUCUCAACCACCAAAUCAUGUAUCGACUGGGCCAAUUCCGAGAAGCGAUCCUUCCUCCGCCAGAACCUCGAAACGAGAUUGGUUGGGCUAUACAUGCAGAAACAGUCGUACUAUGAUGCACUUACGCUGAUCAACAGCCUGUUGCGAGAGUUGAAGCGACUCGAUGACAAGCUUGUCCUGGUGGAGGUGCAACUGCUGGAAUCCAGAGUGUAUCAUGCGCUCACCAACCAAGCCAAAGCAAAAGCUGCAUUGACCUCUGCGCGGACGUCUGCUGCAUCCGUUUACACACCACCACUCCUCCAAGCCGGCCUAGACAUGCAAAGUGGAAUGCUGCAUGCCGAAGAUCAGGACUUCAAUACCGCUUUCUCAUACUUCAUCGAAGCACUUGAAGGUUACCAUAGCCAGGAUGAUACUGCUCGAGCAACCUCGGCGCUACAGUACAUGCUACUGUGCAAGAUCAUGUUGAACCUUGUGGACGAUGUAAAUUCCCUGUUGGCAUCGAAGCAGGCACAAAAAUACGCGGGCACGAAUCUGGAAGCAAUGAAGGCGGUGGCUCGAGCACACUCAAACCGAUCACUGGAAGAAUAUGAACAGGCCCUCUCCAACUACCGUUAUGAACUCGGUAGCGACGUUUUCAUUCGGAAUCACUUGCGACGACUGUACGAUGCAAUGUUGGAGCAGAACCUGAUAAAGGUGAUCGAGCCAUUCAGCCGGGUGGAAAUUGACCACAUUGCAAAGAUCGUUGGUCUCGACACACAACAGGUGGAGAGGAAACUUUCGCAGAUGAUCCUGGACAAGAUCAUCAUUGGUGUGUUGGAUCAAGGAGAAGGAUGUCUCAUCGUAUAUGAUGAGGUGGAGAGAGAUGCUGGUUAUGAUGCAGCUCUAGAGACCAUCGAAAAGCUUAGCAAUGUGGUCGAUGUACUCUAUACCAACCAGGCGGCAUUGUUAGAAUAGUCGAAGCAUGGAGUUUUGGGGGUUGCAUGGACUUUCUAGCUGGCAUCAAUCACCGGACAGCCAUGGUAAGGGGCUAAUUACGCCGGGCUGGCAUGGCAUCUCGACCUGGAAGGGUUGAUCAACCACGAACCCUAUCGAGUGUGAGGUCGUGUUCAUAAAAUGUAGAAGUACACGCGUGGUUCCCACAUCAGCAUGCGCAUGGUGGAUUAGAUGGCUUUGUUCCGUGCCGAUGGC